CACGGUGGCUAAGAUUUCCUUUUUCCUCUAUAUCGUCGGUCGCGGGGGGUGGUUUCGGGUCGGAGGAGCUCGGUCCGAAGCGACAGAGGCAAGGAGAAGAGGAGGUCGAUAUCGGGAUCAGAUCCGAUCAGCCAUGAGCCUCUUCGGCCUCGGAAGGAACCAGAGGACUUUUCGACCUAAAAAAAGUGCGCCAUCUGGUAGUAAGGGAGCCCAACUCCGGAAACACAUUGAUGCAACUCUAGGUAGUGGAAACCUAAGGGAAGCAGUAAGACUCCCACCUGGGGAGGAUUUGAAUGAAUGGCUUGCCGUCAACACUGUUGAUUUCUUCAAUCAGGUGAAUCUGCUUUAUGGUACACUUACAGAGUUCUGCACACCUGAGAAUUGUCCUACAAUGACUGCAGGUCCAAAGUAUGAAUAUAGAUGGGCAGAUGGUGUACAAAUAAAGAAGCCUAUUGAAGUGUCAGCACCGAAGUAUGUGGAGUACCUCAUGGAGUGGAUUGAAGUUCAGCUUGAUGAUGAGUCUAUAUUCCCUCAAAAGAUAGGUGCACCUUUCCCUCCAAACUUCAAAGAAGUUGUAAAGACACUUUUUAAGCGUUUGUUUCGGGUUUAUGCCCAUAUAUACCAUUCGCAUUUUCAGAAGAUUGUCAGCCUUAAGGAAGAAGCACAUCUUAACACCUGCUUCAAGCAUUUCAUUCUUUUCACAUAUGAGUUUGGCCUAAUUGACAAGAAGGAACUUGCGCCACUUCAGGAGCUUAUAGAAUCCAUCAUUGUUCCAUAUUAAAUUUGUAUAUUCAGGGACGUAUAAAAUGCUGUUAAUUUUAAAAGCUAAGUUAUCGUCUCUGUAAUUUUAAAGUGUGUUGAUGUAUUCUUGAAUAAAUGCUAACCAUUAGCACAUAACUCUCUUCUCUCCAAAAAAGAAAAAAAGAAAAAAAAAGAAGCUUAUUUAGA